AUGCUAUUUUAUGGAAGAAUUAACUAUACAACAAUUAAAAAAUGGGCCUUGAUUUCAAAGAGGCUUUCUCCAAUCUAUGGCAAUUUUAAAGUGGCUGUAGAUGAAUACCAAGAGGAUUAUCUCUUCAGCGAAGUCAUUACUAAAUCAGACUGUUGUUGCUCUUCUAACCUUUUAGAUAAGGUAACUACUCCAAUUAUUAUUCGAGGCUCAGGCCAGCCACAAGCCCCUAUUAUUAUUAAAGAGGAGCCAAAUGAGCCUAAUCGACCAACAAUAAUCUCUAGUGAUGUAACUGUUAAAAAUAGUUGCAAUAUAACUACAACAAACACAAAUACUACUCCCACUCUCAGCACCAGCCCUUCAACCAACAGCAGCACCUCUACAACAGUUGUUGAUAAGGCAACUACUUGUGGCACAGAUGGGCAACCGAGCCAUGUUGAAACUGAAAAGACUUACACAGUACUGUCCCCUGACCCAACUUAUACAAUCCCUCCAAGGCCGUCCCGCUGGUACAUUAGCAACUGCCAGCCCCAAGCCACAGACAUUGAUGGGCGCCCAAUUAUACCAUCAUUGCUGGUCAGUUCAGCAACUACAGUGCCAUCAUCUCCCAACAAGAUAACUGACAUGUUGCAGAUUACAUCCUGUGAGGGAGAUGAAGAGGCAGCUGCUCUGCAGACAUUUUCAUCUGCACAAGAACAUGAACACAUACCUACUGAGGACACGGUCACCUUGCAAGGAUCAACUUUCACAUCUGAGGCACAAGUAGCAGACAUGAAAAUUCCUGUUGGUAGUGUGGGACAGUUUGUUGACAGAGGCACAACCAAAAUGGAACCUAUUAACAAUCUGCAGUUAACAUAUGCCAGCCAAGUUGAAAAAACAUUAAGUACUAUCACACCAUUGACAACUUGUCCUCACAAUAGUAAUAGUAAUGAUAGCACUGCUUCAAACAAUGAUCGUCCACAAGCAGGAUUUGUGAACAAAGAAACAGCAGAUAAGUACAGUAUGAAAGAGUUAUUACCAGGGUCCAGUAUCUAUAUGUAUGAUGAACAACUCGAUGGAGUGCGAAAAAGGGCCUAUGACAAAAAGGGCAAGAUUGACGGGCGUAGAAUGGCUCGUCAGUUAAUGAAUAUCUUCUUCAAGAAAAACGAACUCAUCAAUUGCUCAAUUUCCUCUAGUCCUGCUGCUGGUAAAACACAACUGAACCCUGUUUUGGUAAACAGCAUUAUAUCAUAUUGCCAAGUCAAUUCAACAACACUGAAGAGUGCAAUCAAGGAUGCUAUGUGGUCAAAGAUCACAUCAGCCAAUGCAAAAUUUGCUAAAAAGAUGAAAAUUCAACAGAUUCAGCAACAAAUUCAGCGGUAA